CCCGCCGCACGUUCGUGAUACCACUCAAUGUUGGGCUGCCCCUACCGCUAGCUUCCAUCCGCCUUCAGCGAUCCUGCCACGAAACCUUCCAAUUCCUCCUCGUUGCUCCCCGGAGCUGAUGCCCAACGGUAGCCAAACGCGCCGGCAUUAGCAAAAUUGGAAUUGCAGUUCAGCCGAGCGAGGAGGCUCCCGGCCAGAGACGGGGAACGGCUUGCCAGAUCGAUGUCUGGCCGUCCAGAGAGAGCUAUGGAGGACUGAAGCCGGUCUGGGUGGAGCCUCGUCAUGUAGAAACGACUUCGCCGGGCAGGGGAGAUGCGCACCGGGACACGGAGAUAACUGCAGCCCGACUGGCCGGGGACAAACAUUACAUGAAUGUCCAACGGAGGCAGAUUUGAGUUUGAUGAUGGAGGCUGUUAUGUGGGCGACUGGGAAGAGGGCCGGGCCCAUGGCUACGGGGUGUGCACAGGCCCGGGCGCCCAGGGGGAGUACAGCGGGCGUUGGAGUCGUGGCUUUGAGUCUCUGGGCGUCUACACUUGGCCCAGCGGGAAUACCUACCAGGGCUUCUGGAGCCAAGGGAAGCGCAGUGGCCUGGGCGCGGAGCGGAAAAGCAAGUGGAGUUACAAGGGGGAGUGGUGCCACGGGCUGAAGGGCCACCUGGGCAUCUGGGAAAGCCACUCGGGCGUUGUCUACGAAGGCAUGUGGCGUGAAGGUCUUCAGGAUGGCUACGGGAUGGAGACCUACGCGGACGGAGGUACUUACCAAGGCCAGUGGCAGUCCGGCAAGCGUCAUGGGUAUGGAGUACGCCAGAGUGUCCCGUACCGUCAAGCCACCCUGGUGCGCUCCCCACACCGGACCUCCCUGGAGUCCCUCCACAGUGAGGCUGAUCACAAUGCCCCUGUGGUACCUCUCCCUCCUCCUUCGCUGCCUCCUCCGCCACUCCCUGGGGACAGCCCCGCCUCAGGAUCCAGGGGUGGCUUUGUGUUAGCUUUCCCUGGAGAUCCGGACUUUCCCAAGGGGACCAAGAAGAAGAGCGGAGGGUUCUUCCGGCGGUCCUUGCUCCUGAGCGGGCUAAGAGUGCGGAGGGCCGAGUCAAAAGCCUCUCUGGGCAGCAAGCGAGGGUCCCUCAAGAGUGAGGCAGGGGUCAGUUCAGCGGGAAGUGAGGCCACAACUCUCAGCUACGCCGAGACCGAACCUCCUGAGCUGCCUUCAACUCUCACCAUUGAAGGUUCCUCCACCGAGGUCUACGCGGGAGAAUGGCGGGCCGACCGGCGCAGUGGCUACGGGGUGAGCCGUCGCUCCAACGGGCUGCGGUACGAGGGCGAGUGGCUGGGGAACCGGCGACACGGGUACGGGCGCACCACCUACCCCGACGGUUCCAAAGAAGAAGGGAAGUACAAGCUCAACCGGUUGGUGAGCGGGAAGGUGAAGAACCUCAUCCCGCUUCGACGGAGCAAAGUCAAAGAGAAAGUGGACCGCGCGGUUGAAGUGGCCCGGAGAGCGGUCAGCAUGGCUCGUCAGAAGCAAGAAUUAGCCAUCGCCAGGUAA